CUCCUGACCAUAGCUCAUGCUGGGAGGAGGGGUGGAAUCUGGGCCGCCUCCUGGACCCCUGCCCUCUUUGCCUGGCCUUCCAAGGCCAGGCAGCCUCAGGCUGGAAACAAGGAGAAGUGAUGGCCCUUAGAGGAGGUCCUGGAGGCAGCUGGGAUGGCAUCUCGAAGGGCUGCAGGGGGUCCAGCCCCAUGGGGGGCGCCCUAGGUCUUUGACAGCCCACCAUCUGUGCUCCUCUGGCCAACCCAGCCUCAGGCCACUCACCAUGGGCAGCUGCUUCUCCAAGCCCAAGCCAGUGGAGCUCAAGAUUGAAGUGGUGCUGCCGGAGAAGGAGCGGGGCAAGGAAGAGCUGUCAGCCAGCGGGAAGGGCAGCCCUCGGGCCUACCAGGGCAAUGGCACAGCUCGACACUUCCACACAGAGGAGUGCCUGCCCACCCCUCACCCCUACCCCGGCCCCCUGGACUGUGUGGAGGCUGCUGUCUGCCAUGUCAAGGACCUUGAGAAUGGCCAGCGUGCUGUCCCGUGGUCGGGUACGCUGCCCCUGGCAUGGCGCCUGCUUCAACAUCAGCACUGGGGACCUGGAGGAUUUCCCCGGCCUGGACAGUCUGCCCAAGUUCCAGGUGAAGAUUGAGAAGGAGAAGGUGUAUGUGCGGGCCAGCAAGCAGGCCCUGCAGCUACAGCGAAGGACCAAGGUGAUGGCCAAGUGUAUCUCUCCAAGUGCUGGGCACAGUGGCAGCACCAAUGUGCUCAUUGUGGGUGCAGGUGCAGCUGGGCUGGUGUGUGCGGAGACACUGAGGCAGGAGGGCUUCUCCGACCGGAUUGUCCUGUGCACUCUGGACCGGCACCUCCCCUAUGACCGGCCCAAGCUCAGCAAGUCAUUGGACACACAGCCAGAGCAGCUGGCCCUGAGGCCUAAGGAGUUCUUCCGCGCUUAUGGCAUCGAGGUGCUCACUGAGGCCCAGGUGGUCACAGUGGAUGUGAGAAACAAGAAGGUCGUGUUCAAGGAUGGCUUCAAGCUGGAAUACAGCAAGCUGCUGCUGGCACCAGGGAGCAGCCCUAAAACCCUGAGCUGCAAAGGGAAAGAGGUAGAGAACGUGUUCACCAUCCGGACGCCAGAGGAUGCCAAUCGCGUGGUGAGGCUGGCCCGAGGCCGUAAUGUGGUUGUCGUGGGAGCUGGCUUCCUGGGGAUGGAGGUGGCUGCUUUUCUGACUGAGAAGGCCCACUCGGUGUCCGUGGUGGAGCUGGAGGAGACGCCCUUCCGGAAGUUCCUGGGGGAGCGUGUGGGUCGUGCCCUGAUGAAGAUAUUUGAGAACAACUGGGUAAAGUUCUAUAUGCAGACAGAGGUGUCGGAGCUGCGGGCCCAGGAGGGAAAGCUGAAGGAGGUUGUGCUGAAGAGCAGCAAGGUCGUGAGAGCUGACGUCUGCGUGGUGGGCAUUGGUGCAGUCCCCGCCACAGGCUUCCUGAGGCAGAGUGGCAUCAGUCUGGAUUCCCGUGGCUUCAUCCCUGUCAACAAGAUGAUGCAAACCAACGUUCCAGGUGUGUUUGCAGCGGGCGAUGCUGUCACCUUCCCCCUUGCCUGGAGGAACAAUCGGAAAGUGAACAUCCCACACUGGCAGAUGGCUCAUGCCCAGGGGCGUGUGGCAGCCCAGAACAUGCUGGCACAGGAGGCAGAGAUCAGCACUGUGCCCUAUCUUUGGACAGCCAUGUUCGGCAAGAGCCUGCGCUACGCAGGCUAUGGAGAAGGCUUCGAUGACGUCAUCAUCCAAGGGGAUCUGGAGGAGCUGAAGUUUGUGGCUUUUUACACCAAAGGUGACGAGGUGAUUGCAGUGGCCAGUAUGAAUUAUGAUCCAAUCGUUUCCAAGGUGGCUGAGGUGCUGGCCUCAGGCCGUGCCAUCCGGAAGCGGGAGGUGGAGACUGGAGACAUGUCUUGGCUCACAGGGAAGGGAUCCUGAGCUCGAAUGCAGUGGACUUGGGCGGGCAUAGUGGGGUCCCAGAGACAGAGGCCAAGCCCUGGGGGCAGGUGCCAAUCUCCAAUUUUCCAGGAUUCCCCAGGGCAGAACCUGAGCCUUCCCAGUGCUUGCCCUUCAUGGCCUGGCUCCCCUUUAGGGAGGCCUUUGCUGCCUCUAGAAGAUGCUCACCCCCAAAGCCACUGCUGUCACUGAUAGCUGGUACUGGAGGCCGGACAGGCCCUGCCUUUUCUCUCUGUUGGGACUGUUUCCUUGCAGGACCUUGCAACAUGUUAGAAAUUGUCUUAAAAUUAAAAUGCACACCAUUUGCAGAUC